AGGUGGUGGAGGAACAGGCCUAGGCGGUUCUGACCCUCCCGGUCCCUGAACCAUGGCCACACUGAGUGUCAAGCCGAGCCAGCGCUUCCAGCUGCCCGACUGGCACACCAACAGCUGCCUGCUGUCCACCAAUGCCGAGCGGCAGCGAGAUGCUUCCCAUCAGAUCCGCCAGGAGGCCCGAGUCCUCCGCAACGAGACCAACAACCAGACCAUUUGGGACGAACAUGACAACAGAACUCGACUGGCAGAGAGAAUCGAUACUGUCAACCGGUGGAAGGAGAUGCUAGGCAAGAGUCUGACGGAUUUAGACGCUGAGAUCGACACCCUGACAAAGCUGAAGGAGUCAACAGAGCAAAACCUGCAGGCCAAGAACCUGCCUCUGGAUGUGGCCAUCGAGUGUCUGACCCUGCGGGAGAGUCGGCGAGACAUUGAUGUGGUCAAGGACCCUGUGGAGAAUGAGCUGCAUAAGGAGGUGGAGGUCAUCGAGGCCACCAGGAAGGCCUUGCAACAGAAGAUCAGCCAGGCCUUCGAGCAGCUCUGCCGCCUGCAGGAAGUCCGACAGCAGCUCAGCUCUGACCACCGCGGCAAAAUGGAGACGCUGGAGAUCGACAGAGGCUGUCUCUCUCUCAACCUCGCGUCCCCAAACAUCUCUCUGAAGAUCAAUCCCACACGUGUCCCCAAGGGCUCCACCACACUCCAGGAGUGGGAUGACUUCAGUCAGUUCAACAAGGCCCAAGCGGAGGCAGAGAUGAAAGCAGCCAUGGAGCUGAGGGAGGCCAUCGCCCUGACGAUUGCCGAGACCAACAACGAGCUCGAAGCCCAGAGGGUCACAACAGAAUUUGCCUUCAGGAAGCGGUUGCGGGAGAUGGAGAAAGUGUACAGUGAGCUCAAGUGGCAGGAGAAGAACACCUUGGAGGAGAUCGCUGAGCUGCAGGAGGACAUCCGGCACCUGGAGGAGGAUCUGCGCAGAAAGUUACUGAACCUGAAGCUGUCCCAUACCCGGCUAGAGGCCAGAACCUGCCGGCCCAAUGUGGAACUCUGCCGGGACCAGGCCCAGUACAGCCUCACUGACGAGGUUCACCAGUUAGAGGCGACCAUCACCGCCCUGAAGCAGAAGCUGGCACAAGCACAGGACGCGCUGGACGCCCUGUACAAGCACCUGGCCCGGCUGCAGGCUGAUAUUGCCUGCAAGGCCAACUCCAUGCUGCUGGACACCAAGUGCAUGGACACCCGGCGCAAGCUGACUGUGCCUGCUGAGAAGUUUGUGCCUGAGGUGGACACCUUCACCCGGACCACAAACCGCACCCUGAGUCCACUCAAAAGCUGCCAGCUGGAGCUGGCCUAGCCCUGGAGGGCUGAGGGAGCAGGAGAAGCUGAAGCUUGGGUGGGAAAUGGAAGAAGCAGGAGAGACUGAAUCUAAUAAAUGUGUAGGUUCU